AAAAAAUAUUACAAAAAUAUGAAUACAAAAUAUGUUUUACUUACAGUAUUGUCAAUCACUAUUAAUGUAAUCAUUUAUUACAAACUUUGUCCAUCUGUAUUACAAUUAUGUGAAGUUGACACCUGCCCAAUUUGUUUUGGAACAGACUUAUGUAAUGAAAUUGGACAAAAUAAAAUAGUGCUACAAUAUAACACAUUUUCAGCUUUUAUGUAUAAUAUUUUUAGUGUAAAAAAUGUGUAUUUUGCUCGUUUCUACAAUAUGACAGUUGUUUUAAAGAAACUAGCUCAUAAUAAUGAAUUUCAAAAACUUAAAGAACUUAAAAGAAAAGACUUCAAUGAGCUAAUAAAUUUUUUAGUUAGUGACAGCGGUGAUAAACAUUUUGUAUUGUGUGAUAAAAAUACAGCCAACUCAUUUUUAAGAAUAUUUAGUUAUAAAAGCAGUGAAAACCUUGAAACAUUACUUCAUAUUAAUAUUGAACCUCUUUUACUGGAAAUCUUUAGUAGUCAGCAUGGAUGGUGUGUUCCUAAGUUAUAUGGGUAUUGUGGACGAUUAGUAGUUGUUCAAAAUGCAGGCCAGCCGCUAAGUGAAAUAGAAAGUUUUAAUUGGUUUGAUAGGUCAUAUGUAGCCUAUCAGAUAUUGCAAAGUGUAAAUAAUUUCACAAAAAAUCAUGAUAUCUUUAGAAUUUACUUAACAGAUAUAUCUCCAGAUAAUAUUGCUGUUAACCAAGACUUACAGAUCACCUUUAUUGAUCUUGAAAAUGCAAUUUUAAAGAAAAAAGUUGCAGGAGGUGAAAUUCAUUAUACCGAACAUUUUGAUGAGGAUUUAUAUAUGUAUUCAGAAAAACAAAUUUGUGAAAGUUCUAUGAGUGAUCAUAACAUAUAUUCAACAUGUAGGUUGUUACUGUCAAAAAAAGCUCCUUGGCCCAUGAUGAAGAAUGGUUUACUACAUAACCCUCCAGAUAUAGUAAAGAAAUAUUUUAAUGAAUUGUUUUUCGAUAUUGAGUCAUGUGUAUACUCUUCAAAUAAAAUUAAUAGAUUUAAAUUAAGUGAUAAGAUAUUAAAAAAUCUUAGGUAUAUUCUAAAAAACUAUACAAAAUUUGAUAUUUUAUAACUGCAUAGUUAAAAC